GCUCGCUGCUCCCACCGCUGUCGCCAUGGGCUCUGCUGCGCUGCUGCUGGCGGUGCUGCUGUUGCCGCUGGCGAUGGCCGCGGGCGGCCCGGAGGUGCGCAGCCUGCGGGGGAGCUGGCGGCUCCGCAGCGGGAACGGCUCGGUGUCGCUCCGAGCGGAGGUGCCGGGCUGCGUUCAUACCGCGCUGCUCCGCCGGGGCCUCAUCCAGGAUCCAUACUAUAGGUUUAAUGAUGUGAUGUACAGAUGGAUCUCGCUAGAUAACUGGACUUACAGCAGGACGUUCAAAACUCCUUUUGACGUCAGAAAGUGGCAGAAAGUGAAUUUGGUUUUUGAGGGAGUAGAUACAGUAGCACAGAUCCUGCUCAACAAUGUCACUCUCGGGACAACAGACAACAUGUUCAACAGAUAUAGCUUUGAUAUUACCAGCGUGAUCCAGGAGGUCAAUUUUGUUGAAGUCCGUUUCUUGUCAGCCAUUUUAUAUGCAGCAGAGCAGAGCAGAUGUCACAAAGCACACAGCAUCCCCCCGGCGUGCCCUCCACCUGUGCAGAAAGGAGAGUGCCAUGUUAAUUUCAUCAGAAAGGAGCAAUGUUCAUUUAGUUGGGAUUGGGGCCCUUCUUUUCCCACUCAAGGAAUCUGGAAAGAUGUUAGGAUUGAGGCCUAUAACUAUUAUCACCUGAUUUACUUUUCUGUCACUCCUUUCUUUGUAAAGAGUGCUCAGCAGUGGUGUCUUGAAGUCGAAUCUAUUUUUGAUGUAGUCAGCUUUAAGCCAAUUGCAGGUCUUGUGACUGUGAACAUUCCCAAGUUACAAACACAGCAAACAUUUAGUGUGAAGCUUCAACCUGGAGAAGGCAGCAUUGUGCUGCCUGUAAACAUCAACAAGAGUGCUGCAGUGGAGGCUUGGUGGCCAAAUGGACAUGGAAAGCAAACUGGAUACAACAUGACAACAACUUUCAUGAUGGAGGCAGGAUGCCAGAUUGAGAAGUUUUCAAAGGUUUAUUUUCGGACAGUAGAACUUGUUCAGGAGCCUAUUCCUGGCUCACCAGGUCUGAGUUUCUACUUCAGAAUCAAUGGCCGACCCAUUUUUAUUAAGGGCUCAAACUGGAUUCCAGCAGAUUCUUUCCAGGACAGAGUGACCUAUGACACACUAAGGCUACUGUUGAAGUCUGCAGCAGAUGCUAACAUGAAUGCCCUUCGGGUUUGGGGAGGAGGAGUGUAUGAACAAGAUGAAUUUUACGAUAUUUGUGAUGAAAUAGGAAUAAUGAUUUGGCAGGAUUUUAUGUUUGCAUGUGCACUGUAUCCAACCAACCAGAAUUACUUAGAAUCCGUAAGAGCAGAAGUUUCUCAUCAGGUACGACGUUUAAAAUCUCAUCCAUCAAUUAUUCUGUGGAGUGGUAACAAUGAAAAUGAGGCAGCAAUUGCAAGCAACUGGUUCUCCAUACCUUAUCCUGACAUAGGAGUCUAUAUCAAAGACUACGUGACCCUUUAUGUGAACAACAUACGUGAAAUAGUUCUUAGUGAAGAUAAGAGUCGUCCUUUUGUUGCAUCCAGUCCCACCAAUGGCUUGGAGUCAGUUAAAGAAGGCUGGCUUUCCCGGGAUCCUUACGACACCCAUUAUGGUGACACACACUUCUAUGACUACAACAGUGACUGCUGGAACUGGACAGUGUAUCCUAAAACUCGUUUUGCUUCAGAGUAUGGAUUUCAGUCCUGGCCUUCCUUCAGUACAAUUGAAAAGGUUUCCUCCCCUGAGGACUGGUCCUACACAAGCAAUUUUUCUCUCCAUCGGCAGCACCAUGAUGGUGGCAAUAUUCAGAUGCUUCAAGAGAUUAGGCGUCAUUUCAAGCUUCCCCAGAGCCCAGAUCCUGUAAAACAAUUGAAAGAUAUUAUCUACCUCACUCAGGUGAUGCAGGCUCAGUGUGUAAAGACAGAAACUGAAUUCUAUCGUUUUAGUCAAAGUGAAAUAAUCAAUGGAGAAGGACACACAAUGGGAGCUCUGUACUGGCAGCUCAAUGACAUUUGGCAGGCUCCUUCAUGGGCUUCCUUGGAGUAUGGUGGUAAGUGGAAACUGCUCCAUUAUUUUGCCCAGAACUUCUUUGCACCACUGCUGCCUGUGGCCUAUGAAGACAAAGGGAUGUUGCACAUUUAUGGUGUCUCAGAUCUUCAUGAAGACCACAAGCUGACUUUGAGGGUUGUUGUGCACGCCUGGAGCUCUUUGGAGCCCGUAUGCACCCUUGCCAAAGAAGGUGUGGCUGUUAAAGCUCAGAGUGCUGUCCCCAUCUACAAGGAGUCCAUCAGUGACCUUCUGGAAAGAUGCAGAAAUUGUACCAGGAAAAGCUGUAUUAUAACUUUCUGUCUCGUGGGAGAAGAUGGGCUUCGGAGUCCUACAAACCAUUACUUCCUUUCAUCACUCAAGGAUGCUGUGGGAUUAGAAAAGACCCAGCUUAGUGCCUCUAUAUCCCAACAAGAUGAUAUUUAUAUAUUUGUUCUUCAGACCACUGCAAUUGCUCCUUUUGUUACUCUGGAUGUAGGGAGUAUAAAAGGCAGAUUUAGCGAUAAUGGUUUCCUCAUGACUGAAAAGAAGAAAAUGGUUGUGUUUUAUCCUUGGGAACCUACCAGUGUUGAAGAACUAGAAAGUUCACUAAUCUUGACGUCUCUACUGGAUGUUGUCUGAGAAUACUUCAUUUCCUUACAGAUAAAGAGUGAAAAAGGAGGAGAAAAAAAAAAAAAUUAGAAGAAUUUGACUGAAGUUGCAGUGACAUACACUUUGAGCUGGCUGAAGAGCAUACUGUCUGUUCCUGUCAUGUGAAUUUUAACUGCUGGUUCAAUGUAAAGAUACCAACUGCAAAGCUUACAUAUAAUAUAUGUGAUGUAUUGAAAGCACAGCCGUAUUUUUUUUCUAGCUUCAUUAUGCAGUAAGUGGAAAUUAAUUUUAGGAUAACAGAAAGGUAUGCUGGGGACGAGGGAGAGGGAUGGGGAGUGAAGCUGGGACUACUGCCAGUAGGCCAACGAGCCACUUCGUGGGCAGGUUGCUAAAUGUGGGGCUUGUCUGUCAGACAUGGUUUGAAAUGCAGCUGGGAUCUUGCUGGCAUUCCACAAAGAUACUCUGUCCACCCAAGCAAAUACUAAUUUUCUUGCAAAGCAGAAUCAGCAUCACAGCAGGUGGAGUUUGAACAAGCUCUGCUACUGAUGUCCAUUGGUGUUGUAAAAGCAGCAUGUGGGUGAUACUUGCUGCUGCUGGUGGUGGGGGUCUGGAGCACGUGGUGGGGAGCAGCUGUGUGUUCCAUUGCAGAACUCAGGCUGGGGGUCAAUCUCAGUUGUGGUCAUAGUUUUAACAGGCAGAGAGAUGAGCAUAUUGACUGAUACUUUGGUGUUAACCAAAACUGACAUACUCUUUUGCAAGAGGAAGAACUUACAGAAGAAAGGGAAAUGAUAAAUGAGAGUUUCUUACAGAUGCUUUAUCGGAUCACCAAAACAACUAACUGCAGUUGCAUCUGAUUCAAAGCUCUAGUCCUAGUUAAAAGAAGACAUUAAAACAAUCACAAUAUGGAUGUGUAUGUGCCAAUGUUUACAGAUUUUGUAAAAUAAAUAGGGAAAAUGACAGUCAUGAGUACAACUUCAUAAAUAUAGGCAGUGACAAAGGAAGUUAAAAGCUAUUCUGAGGGGAAUCAUGGGCCAGCAGUACCAGAAAAAUUAUUCAGUUUCUUUUGUGUUCUGGAAUCAAAGUAGCAGUAAAGUCAAUAUAAGGUAAGAAUGAAAAAAUGGGGAGAAAAUAUGAUUAAUAUGUACUGCUGCAGUGUAUUACAAAAAGGGCAAGUUUGUUGAUGUCUUUCUUACAUUGAUGGAGAAAUGUCUCUUCCAGCAACAUCCAGGUAGCAUUUCAAAAUGGCACUUAAUAGUGUUAAAUAAAUAAAACUUUGGAGGAAUCACUUGUUUAAAGACAAUCACAAGGCCUGUCUGGAGGUUGGUGAUAUUUGUUCAUCCCAGCAAAUGAGUGAAGUUUGAGAUAGGUAGAAAAGAGCCUUUGGAUUGCUAGAAGAAAAACCCACAAAUUUGUAUAACUGACUUUGUUUAGCCUGUCACAACUUUUAGGCAAAAUUAUGAAAGAAGCUAUGUGGUACAUGAUUAGUAAGUGAUGAAGUGGCUAUGCAGCUAAUGUCUACCAGCACUGUUAUAUAGAACACCAUUCUUUUAUUUUUUUUUCUGUUGCUUUCUGCAAUAACCAGAUUGACAUAGCAAGGUUUGGACAAUUUUUUAAAUUAUCGCUGUUUUUGAAGGUCAGAAGCUCCCUAAGGAGUAGAUCCAUUCUUUUUCACUGAAAGUCUUUAAUUCAGCACUAGGUGCCAUUAUGAAAGAUUAGUAAUUGCUUAAGCCAAAUGCUUGAACUCAAAACAGAAUUUGAAGGUGAAGGUUGACUUCCAUUAUUGUUUUAAUAUCCUCAAUAUGUUCUUUUGGUUUCCUGGUGUUGUAAUAGAUGUGUAUUUAUAGAAGUUCUCCUGCCAUGCGGCAGCGAUUGUAAAGUGUGCUUUGGUUAACCAUUUCCCCUUGGUAGUUUCACAGUGGUGUCCUGUGCUAUACUUGGUUACAUUGUUCUGCCUUUGUCUCAGAUCAGGCAGAGAUAAGAAGGCAGCACUGGUACCCCCACACUCCUGUGGACACGUCCAUCUUGCCAGCUGAGUGUUGUUACAGCUACAGCAGCACCUGUGCUGCCAGUUCUAUCUGAUGGGGCUCUGGCAGCAGGAGCAUUUGGUAAGUGUCGUGGUGCUUGUCCUCAGUAUUGGUGGCAGCAGUAGAGGGGCCUGGCCUUGUCAGUGUUCUUUCAAGGUGCUGCCUUGCAAUGUCUUGUUAAGGACCAGUGAGUUCUCUUGUGCUGAUGCCCUUUGUUUGCUUCUGAGCCCCUCUGUGCUGUUCUCCACUGAGGGCAAAAGUGGCAGCCAGAGUGCCCCACAGCCAUGACAAAUGCCCUUCCAGAACAGAACUUGAGAGCAGGUGUGGGAAGAACACUUCUUUGGUUUUGGCUAAUCUGUUGUCCUAAAACCAUUCUCUGGCUGAGAUUUGGCUCUGAACUCAUUCUGGGCUUGCAGAGGCUAUUCUGAGCUUUAGAGGGCACCUGUUCCUACUUUCUGUCACACAAGGAAGACUUUUUUUUCUCCAGUAUACUGGAGCAUAUCCUUGGAAGCAUUUUCAAGUUCUGCAUCUUCUCCAGGAAAGAAGUGUGCAAAUACAUGCAGAAGUUCCUAUCUAAGUAAGUGUUCAGAGUUCUCUGCCAGUCUUUCUUUUAUCUGCUGUUUGCAUACCUUGUGGCCUGGACAGAUUUUCUGUUCUAGAGGCACAUCUUUCUUCAGUACUUUCACUUCUGUUAGUUCCCUUUUGGUUUUGGAGCUUUGUAGCAGAGCCUAUUUCAGUGACUUGUAGCAGUGUCAGGAGGAGAGAAAUGGGCCAGUAAGUUUCUUACUUUCAGUACAGGAGGAGCAUGGUUUUGAAGCUUACAAGCCAGCCUUUUCAUUGUCAAUAUCACUGUUCUCUUUCUUACCUGCUUAGGGAAUCAGGAACACAUGGUUUUUAGAACAGGUUUCAAUUCAAGUUGUGCUUACUAACUCUGCUUUCCAGUCAGAUCCAGUUACAAGAUAGCAAAACAAAAGGCCAAAUUUAGUUCAAUUAGCAUGGAAAACCAAAACUUAAAUGAAACAAGGCCAUCUCUGUAAGAAGUAGUCAGUCAGUAGAGACCUGUAAGUACCUGAGCUAGUGCUCUUCUGCAUUGUGCAUAUGGCAGGAGUGACUGCAUAGCUGAAAAAUCCUAUAGCAGUUACAUUUAAAUGAGGCCAUGGGAAACUUCUGCAGCCUUGGAAAAACAUACUCCAGGCUGGCUCAAAGUGGGACAUCAGGCUGCUUUAUAAUGCUGAAUGGAGAAAAUGAACUCCUUGGUAAUUAACUUGUGUUGUCUUUUGCUGUAGGAAUCUUUUGAAGCCGGCAGAAGUUUGGACUGUGCCAUUGGCCAUUACUCUAGAUGCGCUUUAUUUCAAGACAUGAUCAUCCAGAAGCUGUGGAUGGUAGGCAAGGGAGAAGACACUUCAUACACCACUACAUGCAGGAGUGACAACCAGGUUACUGAAGAUUGAGCUGAGCCAAGAACUACCCUGUCAACACUCCGUCUUUGUGCAACAAAAAUUGGCUAGAUGUGACAAUGGUACGAUGCCCCUCUUGGCUUUUUCAUCUUGAACUCUGAUGCCUGCUCUGUUUAGUUGGACCAGCAUCAAAAACAGGACACUCACCAUCUCAGAACUGAUGUCAGACAGGAAGAAACACCACUCAUGAACCCAGCUACUACAGGUGAUUCUAGGUAGCCCAAAGAAGAGAUAUCUCAUCAGAGAUUUGCUGAGACACUAAGUAGUUGGUUUCAGUGUAAAUUGAUUCUCUGCUGUCAUAAUGAUGAGAACUAAAACAUGGCAGAGGCUUUAAUUUCAAAGCACAGCUGCUCAGCAGUAGCUGAUGGUUCUGCUCUCCCUCCAUAAAAGAUACUUUAGCUUUCAGACAGGUGGCUUGCAACCUUUCAUUUAUUUUAGUGCUUGGAAAUCAGCAUGAUCUUGUAUCAAUGCCUAAACCUGAGAUGCUAAAUCUUCAAUAACUCUACUUAAAAAGUAAUGUAAUAAUCACAACAGGCACAAGACAGGAGAAUUAAUUUUAGGGUUUUAUUAUAAAAGUAAAAUAAAAAUAAGCAUUUAAAAAGCCCACUUUUUCAAAAAGGAACAGAUAUAAAAAAACUAUUUACAAGUAGGAAAAUGGCAAACUUGAAAAAAUUUUUGAAUAAGAGACACCAAAGUUAAGUUUAAAUACAUUAUUUGAAAUAUACAAGAUUCUUUUAGGAUUCUCUUUUUUCUGAGUUGUUACUGCUGUGAUUAAAGUAAUGAUUUUUCUUUGCCAUCUAUUUUAUAAACUGUUUUCAUACAACCGUGCUGCAAAAAUUAUGAAGAGAGCAGCUAGAAACUGUAUCUUCUGAUUGCUCAUGAGCUUAACCUCUUUAGUAAGUUUGUAUUAUGCAUUAACAACUUCUUUUCCAUCUGUAAAAGAAAAUCCUCACAGACCAGGAAAGCUCAGACAGUCUUUCUCAAGAUCCAGUCCUGUGUAUUAAUGCAGCAGUGUAGCCCUGGUUAUUGUAAAUGAACACAGUUAAAUGUACUUGAGGAAGGAAGCAGUCACAUGCUGCAGUUGCCAUUUCUUUGGGUUUAGGUGAGAUCCUUCCAGUGCACUUUUGGUUGUGAGUUCCCUUCCCUCUGGCCAGGAUGACACUGAUACAAUUUGAAAUGUCCCACUUGUUCCUGUAACUGCAUAUUGCUAAUUGAAGAUCGCUAGUCAGCUAUAUAAUUGCUUUGCCCUGAAUUUUCAUGUCCAUAGCCCAGGGCCAUUUUGCCCAGUGUUAGUGAGGACUUGCUGUUCAGAGAGUCUGAGUAAGUGAAACUCAGCUUGUGGAAGGAGGUCUCCACACCGCUGUCACACGUGCUUUCAGUGUCUUGAAAUCUGCUACUAUAGAGCUCACCUGAGGGACAGAGAAAAGGGAAACAUCAUCAUUGGUGUGGCUUCAGCAAGGGUGCUUUAAGAAAAACCUAAGGAAUACAAACCAACAGGGUUAAGCUCUUCUAUAGGAAAAUAACUCUGACAUGAGCUAUUAUAAUAGGAAAAGCUGUGCUGAAUGUUUCCAGGCCACCAAAGCAUGGGAUCUGAUAUACUGCUGGCAGAGGUCAGCUUGCAGUUGGAGAUUGGAUGGGAUGAGAAGCCUGGUGUUCUGCUGACACUAAUGCUGUCACUACAUUCAGGUCAGGACUCUGAUUCUGCCCACCUGUGGUGUUUGCAGGGCAAAAGAUUCUCUGGUUCUCAGAGUCACACUCUGGGCAAGUGUACAGCUCUAGGCUGAGGCUCCUAAAACUUACAAUUCAUGUUAUUUCAACUUACAGAUUUCUUUUUGAGACAAACACUUGAAGAGCUUUCAUCUAGCAAGUGACCCCAGAACAGGAACAAGUCAGUAGCAUCUAUCACCUGUGCAGGAUCCAUGGCUGGAGUGCCUGACUGCAAGAGCUGAAACUGAAGGUACGCUGUGGGAUCAGUGUGACUAAAACAGCGGUGGUAUCUUAACAGUUCAGUGUUGUUCUAAACAAACAUCUUAAAUAAACAAUGUGAUGCACUCCAUGUUGCAGAGGGAGCAGAACCCCUCUUACCCUUCAAGAUGACUCUAAAGGUUCAAUAUGUGCAAUAUGUGUACAAGCAUAUUUUUGGGUGGGUGUGAAGGUUUAUUCUAUGACUGACCAACAGUUUUCUAUAGAGAAUAAACUGGCAAUGUUAGACUGGAA